GUACAUUCAUGCCAGCUAAUGGUGGAAGACUCAGCGCAGUCGCACGGCGGCGGCUCCUGCGGGAUGUGCAAGAGGCUGUGCCGAGUCGCAGUCAAGUGACUCCUGUACCAGUUCCAGAGUCCAGUCGGAGCGAGGCUGCGUCUAAUGAGCAGGAUGGAGACGAUGGCAGCUUGUCGGAAGAUGAGAAAAUACAGACUCCGAACCAGUUUGCAACGCUGGCUGAAGCUUCUGCAGUCCAUUUCAGCUCGACUCGAGAAAUCGAGCAAUUGACUGACAGGUCUGUCAAGAUCAAACUCUCGCGAGGCCAGAAAUGCGUCGUGUUGGGAACAUACACGCUAUGGGUGAAGCAAGGAUCCGUCUCCCUCUACGGCGCGAUUCUUACUGCCACGACGGCCAUUCAUCGCAUCUAUGCUCCCGCUACACAUGCGCUUCCUUCGGUUGAAGCCGUGAGCUCGAGUGCUGAAGUUCAACUUGAUUCUCUCAAUGAUGGCAUCAGAGAUCUUCCCUACGUCGGGCUCAAAGGGAUGUGGGCUCCAUUUGGCGUCAAGGCAUCGGCGUCAUCGUUCUAUGUGCUGGGCCAUUCUUUCGAACAAGACCCUAAAGCUCCAAGACGCCUGAAAGAGUUAAACUCCACUUGCUGGAAAUCGCUAUUGACAGAAUUCUCCAGCCCUGUUGCGAAUAAGUCACGGAGAGUCCUGAUAUGCGGGAAACGUUCAUCAGGCCUUUCGACCUUGAUUCAGUGUGUCUUCAACCGACUUCUCGCCAAACAAUCCGCCAGACCUGACACUGCUCACCAGAAAGGAGUCAUACUGUUGGACCUAGACACCAAUAUGCCAGAGUUUGCUCCUCCGGGGACGAUGAGCCUAGUGCAUAUUGCGAACCCCGUGUUUGGCCCACCGUUCGCCAACAUCCUGCCAGCCUACCGAGAAGGAGCCAGCCGGAUAUUGGCCAAACAUUUUCUUGGUGACCUAGAAGCAAGAGAUCUGGUCAGCUGGCACAUUGAUCGCAUCUUUGAUUUACUGGAUGCUGAACAGAAAUUUCAUGGGGAAUUCGAGGGUGCCCCAGUUCUCAUUACAUGUCCCAAGUGGCUGAAUGGCAUCGAUAACGCCGUGGCGAGCAAGCUCUGGACGAAGAUGUCUCCGUCCGAUAUUGUUUGUCUUGACUCUAGUCCAGUGUCGCCGCAUUUAGAGCCUUGGAAACCACUAGCAGAGAUGGGCAAUUGUCGUAUACACCAGAUUCCGGCUCAGGUGUUUGACAAGAUAUCUCCAGUGCGGGAGCACGACCUUCAAAUGCAAGCAUACUUCCACCUGAGAGACACGCCCAUCAACCGCCCAUACUGGGACGACACUCCCAUCUUAGUGACACCAUCUCACUCGAUGGCCCUAAGCUAUGGUGGUGAUGCCGCAAACAUAUUGGCGAUUAUUCUGCUAGGUGGCCAUGUUGCACCCGAGGACACGUACGAUGCGCUGGAAGGAAGUAUUGUUGCCGUGGCGGCGAUCAACGCCCACACAGCCACAAAUGAGCCAUGUGAUCUCAGCGAGAUCAAUGCAGGCAGUAAUGACAGUCAUCGAAGAAGCGGGAUAUAUCGGACGGAGGAGGAUCUGCCGCUUUGGCAAGGGCAAGGCGAAGUGGAAAGUUCCUUUCCGUUUCCGGCAGAGUGUUCUCGAUGCUUGGGGCUCGCCAUUGUGCAGGAGAUCGACAUCUCCAAAAGGACGAUCACUCUUGUCGCUGCAGCCGAACUGCAGGUGCAUGAGAUCCAGGAACAAGAUCAUCAUGUGGCGCUCGUGGUGCCAAAAGCAACGACAGACGGAAGAUUCAAGACGGACUGGGCGCAGAGGGAAAUGCACAUGAAGAAGAGCGACAGCCAAACAAACUAAGUCGCAGCUUGGUGCGGUCAACUGAAGAUGCCGUCAUGCCGAGCAGACGGAUACCGACAGCAGCACGAGUGGCCAGCAGCAGCAGAACGAAUGCUCGUCCCAGUUGGGACUUUCUCCCGCAUGAGUAGCGGCGCCAACGGUACAUUAGACUGCAACAGGAUGCAAGUGGGAGAAGCCGGCUGGGUUGGGCGAAUGGGUGAGCGGAUUAUUACUCGCAGCCGGCAUCGCCCCCAGUUGCCUCGAUCGCAAAAGACUCUUGUCAUCGAGCCCGGCCUGAUUGGGUGCGGCCGAAUCCCUAGAAUCCAUCGCAAGUGGCGGUCUGCGCCAGAAGGCCCUCCAAAAAGGCCAGACCAUCAUCACUGCCUCACUUGUCUACCCCCGUGACAAAGUGAAUGGGAC